GUAUGACAUACAAACAAAUUCACCCGUAUGGAGAGCUGAUAAGAGGGGCAGGAACAAAGCAUUUACUUUAAAUCAGCGUUGCUUUGUCUGUGACGGUGCCUUCUCACAAGGCUUUUAUGCUCAGCGAGUUCAGCAAGAAGGAGGAGUGCAAAGUGCAUCAGAUUAAAACUGAAACUAUUGUUGCAUUUGAACAUUGCAUCUGCCAGACGAUGGACACAGAACAACAAGACCGGUUGAUCGCAUGACCAGCUUGAAAAACAGAUAUGGCUCCUGUCCCAGAGCUGCUCUUGGCCACUUUGGAGGAGCUGAUUGAUAAAGAGCUGAGGACUUUUCAGUGGUUCCUUUACAGUAAGGUUCUCGAAGGAUUUCCUCAUAUUCCAAAGUCUCGGGUCGAUGGGGUAGACAGGCCGGGCACCGUGGAUCUUUUAGUGCAGACUUAUGGCUACAAUGCUGCUGUUACAGUCACGGUGGAUAUAUUGAUGAGAAUGCAACUCAAUCUGUGCGCUGAAACGCUGAGGAAGAAGUAUGAUGAAGUUCCAAGCAAUCAAGUUGGCAAAGAAAUUGACCACCGUGCAAUCCAAGAAAAACUGAAAUCCACCCUGAGGAAAAAGUAUCAAAACAUUUACGAAGGGAAUGCAGAUGAAGGAGACACCGUCUACCUAAACAAAAUCUACACCGAGCUGCACAUCACUGAAGGAGCCUGGGGAGGCUUCAGCGAGGAGCAUGAGGUCAGACAGCAGAGGUCCAACCAUGCGGCGACAGAAGAAACCACCAUUAAAGCUAGCAACAUUUUCAAACCUAUGCCCAACCAAGAGAAGCAGAUCAGAACUGUGCUUACCCAGGGUAUACCCGGAGUGGGUAAAACUGUCUGCACACAGAAGUUUACUCUGAGCUGGGCAGAUGGAGAGGAAAAUCAAGAUAUCACCUUCCUCUUCCCUCUUCCUUUCCGUGAACUGAAUCCCAACAUCGGCGAGAAGGACUACAGUCUGAUGCAGCUGCUCCAUCAGUUCUUCCCUGAGAUGAAACCCCUUGAAACACUGGGAACAGAAUGCAAAGUCCUCUUCAUUUUCGACGGCCUGGACGAAAGUCUCCUCCCUCUGAACUUCAAGCACAACAAGAUCUUGAGAGAUGAGACAGAGCUCGCCUCGCUAGAUGUGCUGAUCACCAACCUCAUCACGGGUGAUCUGCUCGGCAACGCUCUAAUCUGGAUCACAUCCAGACCUGCGGCAGGUAGUCGGAUCCCUCGUAAGCACAUCCACCAGUGGACAGAGGUGAAGGGCUUCACUAAUGAACAGAGAGAGGAAUACUUUAAGAAGCGUCUGCGUGAUGACAACCUCGCCACCAGGAUCGUCAACCAUGUGAAGUCAUCAAGAAGCCUCAACAUCAUGUGUCAGAUACCAGUUUUCUGCUGGAUCACGGUCACUGUUAUGAAGAAAAUGUUGCGUGACAAUGUGACGGGAGGCAUGCCGAACACCUUGACCGAGAUGUAUGCAUACCUCCUCCUCUGCCAGACAGAUCGGAUGAUAGAGGGGCACUACCCGAUGGGAAGCGCAGAUGUAGUUUUAAAGCUAGCAGAGCUGGCGUUCCGUCAACUGGAGAAAGGCAAACUGAUCUUCUACGAAGCUGACUUGAAAGAAUGCGGCAUGAAUGUCAAAGAUGCAACCAUCUACUCAGGAGUUUGCACAGAAGUCUUUAUGAUGGAAGGCAGAAGGAGGAGAGAAGUUUUUAGCUUUGUACAUUUAACCAUCCAGGAGUUUCUGGCAGCUGUGUACGCCCAUCACUCCUACACACAAAGAAAGGACAACGUUCUUCUUGGAUACCUGAAAAGGAUGUCUACAAAAUGGCUCCCUAAGUCUAUGUUCAGUUUUCAUAAGACUGCCAUCGAAAAAGCCUUGGAGCGUCCAGAUGGCCACUGGGAUCUCUUCCUUCGCUUUCUCCUGGGACUGUCACUGAAGCCGAACCAGGAGCUCCUGGGUAGAAUAUUGCCUAUGGAAGCAGGAGGAGAGGAGGAUGUGACGAGAACCAUCCAGUUUAUCAAGGAGAAGAUCAAGGAGGAUUCAGAGGCCAAGCUUAACCUCUUCCACUGCCUGAGUGAGCUCAAAGAAGAGUCUUUGGUGCAAGAGAUCCAGAACUUUGUGAGUUCUGGGAGACUCGAAGCCAAAAAGCUGUCUCCGGUCCAGUGGUCAGCUCUCACUUUUGAGCUGAUGACAUCAGAAGCAACGGAGAAAGAGUUUGACUUGAAGAAGUACAUAAGAUCAGAAGAAGGGCUAGUGAAGCUGCUGACCGUCAUUACUUCCUCCUCACGUGCUCUACUAAAUCACUGCAACCUCACUGAGAACUGCUGUGAAGUUUUGGCCUCUGCACUAAGCUCGACCUCCUCUCACCUAAAAGAGCUGGACCUGAGUGACAACAAUCUGAAGGAUUCAGGACUGAAGCUUCUUUCUGUUGGAUUAGGGAAUCCACAUUGUAAACUGAGGAGUUUAAGAUUACAUAAAUGUAAUCUGGAAGGAGACUGCUGUGAGGUACUGGCUGUUGCUCUCAGCACAGAGUCUACCCAACUAAGUGAACUGGACCUGAGUGCUAAUGACUUCCAGGGAGUGGGAGUUAAGGCUUUAUGCAUUGGAAUGUGUAGCCACCACUGCAAACUGGAAACAGUGAGGUUAAAUAAUUGCAAGCUGAAAGAGAAUUGCUGUGCAGAUUUGGCCACAGUUUUGAGUUCAGGCACAUCACGCCUGAAAACUCUUGACCUCAGCAACAACCUGCUGAGAGAUUCUGGUGCAUAUCUGUUGACUGUUGGACUGAGGAGUCCACAUUGUAGACUGGAAACACUAAGGCUCAGCUGGUGCGGCCUCACACAGAAAUGCUGUGAUCAUGUUGGCUCUGCUCUCAGCUCUGAUUUUGCAUCCGUCAAAGAGCUGGACCUGAGUGGAAACAACCUGCAGGGUCCAGACAUACAGAAGCUGUGUGCUGGACUGAGAAGUCACCAUUGUAAACUGGAGACUUUAAGGUUGAAUGAGUGCAAUCUUCAGGAAUGUUGUGCUGGUUUGGCAUCAGUCCUGAGCUCCGACACCUCGAUCUUGAAGGAACUUGAUCUGAGCGGGAACGACCUGCAGGACUCAGAGGUGAAGUUGCUCUCCACUGGAUUGGCCAGUUCAUACUGUAACAUGGAGACGUUAAGACUGUCGUUCUGCGGUGUCACAGAGAAAGGCUGCAGUGAUUUGGCUUCAGCGCUGAGCUCCAACCCAUCUCACCUGAGGCAUCUGGACCUCAGCUACAACUACCUGCAGGACUCUGGAGUGAAGCUGAUCUCCGUUCAUUUGAAUGACCCGCUCUGCAAACUGGAAAAAUUCAGCGUGGAUCACAACGCAGAGUGCUACAUGAAAUCAACACUGAAAAACUACGCCUGUAUGCUGACGCUGGACACAAACACAGCGGCCAGGUCUCUCUUUCUGUACGACGGUGGAAAACAGGUGACGUGGGUCAGGGAGAGACAGCAGUACCCAGAUCACCCCGAGAGGUUCGAGAGUGUCUCCCAGGUGCUGUGUCACCAAGCUCUCACCCAACGCCACUACUGGGAGGUGGAGUGGCGAGGACGCUGGGUGGACAUCGCCGUGGCGCUGAAGGGGAUCCGUCGAAGGGCGAGCACUCACCUCUGUGGGUUUGGUUACACAGACCAGUCCUGGAGUCUGUACUGCUCUGAGGAUCACUACAGCGCUCAGCACGACCGCCAUCCUGUGGAGAUACCAGCACCUCCAUCUGGAUCCCACAGGGUCGGAGUGUAUCUGGACUGUUCCGGUGGCACCUUGUCCUUCUACAGUGUCUCCUCUGGGACCCUCAGCCACCUUCACACGUUCUACAGCACUUUCACUGAGCCCCUCUACGCUGGGUUUGGGAUGGAGGACAAUGACUGCUCUGUGACUAUUUGUACAAUGGAGGGUUUGCAAAAACUCAUUUCUCGGUCAGCUAGUGCAGAAAGAUUUGAAGAAUUUUGAGUGCAAGGUAAUAUGGGAAUAAUCUCAGUGUCAGUUUAGAGGUGCAGUAUGUAGGAUUUAUUGCCAUCUAUUGGAGGGGUUGCAACUAAAUGAAUUUCCAUCUGCUUUCUCCCUUUUCCAGCAUGUAGAGAACCAUUGGGUAACAUUAAAACGCACAAGGCCCUCUACUGCCAGUUUUUAGUUUUAGUUUUCAACAUACAAGUUUGACGCCAAAAGCCACCGUCCGUGUCCAUCCAGAACGUGGCUGGAUGCCGUUAGAUGAGAAUGUGCUUUAAUAGAACUAGAGGGGUUAUAAUCAGUAUUAGUCCAUGCACUUCAGAAGAAUGCUAAUAUUAACUGUAAAAAAGGAAACCAAGGUAUAACAGUAUGCAAUUCCUUAACUUUACCUUAACCUUAACAGGGAGGUAAAGUGAUAAAUAACUGAAUGAGAAAUAUUUGACCAGCUGGUGGCACUAUAUUAAAUUUUAGGGGAUCACAAAACUCAGUGAGAUUCAUCAUCUGGGCACCAUGAACACGAGUAUCUGUACCUAAUUACGUGAUGAAGUAUCUAACAGUUGUUGAUGCAGUUCAUGAAAACUCCCAGAUGAGGAAAUAGAGUCAACAAAGACAGCAGGAUUCAUCUUCUGGCAACCAUGAUUGCCAAAAAAUGAACUGCGAUUCAGGCAAAAAAAAAAAAAAUCCAAAGUAUUAGUAAUUUUUUCAGGCUAUGAAUUUCAAAGACACGUUGUUUUUUAUCUUGUACUGUCUUGCGAUGUUCCGCACACAUGACGAAACAGCAAGUUCCUGACAAACAGCUCUAUUGCUUUAACAACACAGCAGGUAUUUCUUGUUUGAGUCCACCUUGGAAUGUUGUUUGCCCUGAGAGGUGCAGCCAGAUGGGAAAAGUUAGCAAAACCAGCCUAUAAACACCACU